AUGACUUUUACGUUCGGAAAAGAAGUUUGCUAUCCAGCCUACGAAGGCCGAGAAACGCCCAAAGUCUCGCACGGGCUCACAUUCUCUGAGGCCUGCUUACGUCACUGUCGUGACACGUUUUCCAGCUCCAGAGUGUACGUGAUUUGUUCCAAAUCUUUGGCGCAAUCGACAGAUGCACUUGAAAAGCUUCGCUCGGCGCUUGGUAGUAGAAUUGUCGGGGUCCGAAUCGGCAUCAAUCCACAUACCCCAAUUGCGCAAGUUCUUGAAGUCGUCAACGAUGCUUCGAACCUCGACAUCGACUGCCUCGUCACUCUAGGCGCUGGCAGUCUCACAGAUGCCGCCAAAUUGGUAAGGCUUGCUUUAGCCAACUCGGCCACAACGGAGAAGGAAAUGAAUACCCUGUGGGGAACACCGAAGAGCAACCCUGCAUUGAGAACCAACAUAUCCAGGCCGACUAUCCCUCUAAUCCACAUUCCGACAUCACUCUCGGGCGGCGAGUUCCAAGCCAUCGCAGGAGGAACAGAGUCCCAAGGCCACGCGAAAAGAACCUUUCACUGCGAAGGUGUCGAUCCAGAACUCGUCAUCCAAGAUCCAGAACUAUGCCUUACGACCCCGGAAUGGGUUUGGCUUAGUACGGGUAUCCGAGCUGUAGAUCAUUGUGUUGAAACGCUCUGCUCGCUUGUCUCAAACGAUAAAGCUGAUGAUUGGUCGAAAAAGGGACUCGCUAAACUCGUCAGUGGUCUGUUGGCAAGUAAGGCAGAUCCAAAGUCUCUACAAGCGCGUCAUCUAUGCCAUCAGGGUGUUGUCUCGUCGAUGGGUGCCGUGUCAAGUGGUGUGCCACUGGGUGCAAGUCAUGCUAUCGGACAUCAGCUUGGACCACUUGGAGUUGGUCACGGUGAAACGAGUUGUAUACUCCUGCCCGCUGUGUGCCGGUUCAAUUACGACAAAAAGGCAAAUAUUGAGAGACAAGAAGUCGUACGGGACUUGUUGUUGGACCAGGAUGAAGUUCGACAGCUUCUGCGAGUAAAGGGUCUCGAUAAGAGCGCUGUGAGUUUGGCGGAUAUCUUGGACGUAUUUAUCUAUGCCCUAGGUAUGCCUCGAUCACUCGAAGAAGUGGGAAUUGGAGAGGAUAAGCUUGAGGUCCUUGCCCGGAACAGCCUGGACGAUAUCUGGAUCCAGACAAAUGCAUUCCCAAUCGCGGAAGCUAGUCAGGUCAUGGAGAUACUGAAUAUGUGCGUCAAAAGACGAUAG